UUUUGGUAAUUCGACGUCUAUUUGCCCUCGUGGCUCUAGCUUUCCGAUCGUCGUUUGGAAUGCGCGGAAUCGCUGUUGACUGAAUGUAAACACCGCACACCGGAGUGCCCACAACAUUGUGCAAGGUCUGGCUUUUCACGACUCGAGGAUUAGAAACACAAUAUUUUUAUUACCAUGUUCCCAAAACCUUUUGGGCAGCAACCUGCCUUCAGUGGGUUUGGUAGUACUACUACCCCUACUCCAUUUGGCCAAUCGUCAUUUGGGAAGCCUGCUGCAAGUUUCAGCACACCUGCAUUUGGUGCUCCAACAGGCACCUCUCUCUUCGGCCAAAAUGCUCAGCCUGCUCCAGGUGGAUUGUUCGGUGCUGCCAAUAAGGGUACUACAUUUGGCCAGCAACCUGCCCAACCCGGAUUUGGAUUCCAAUCUCAGCCUUCCACUGGCUUAUUUAGCCAGCCAACCCAGCAAACUGCAGCUCCUGCGGCAGGUGGUUUGUUUGGUGCCACCACGUCAAGUGCUUUUGGACAAAGCAAACCCACGUUUGGUUUUGGUGCCCAGAGUACUGCACCCACAUUAUUUGGUCAGCCACAACCCCAGCAAUCCCAAACCACAUCAGUGUUUGGUCAAACAUCCACUCAGAGCUCCAGUAUAUUUGCUGCACCCUUAGGUGGAUUCACCACACCACAAGGUACCACUGUUAAAUAUACCCCAACAGUCGGAACUGAUUCAAUUCUAAAACAUGGACACCAGACAAGUGUUAGCACAAGACACUGUUGCAUUUCUACCAUGAAAGAAUAUGAGAAUAAAUCACUAGAAGAACUACGCUAUGAAGAUUAUUUAGCUAAUAGGAAAGGUCGUCAGCAGACAGCUGGUGUGUUUGGCCAAACACAGGCUGCUCCUAGACCGUUUGGUGCUCCAGGUACCAGUACUACCCCUGCUGGUUUGUUCGGAAGUACAACUGAAAACAAGUCAUUGUUUGGCCAGCCUUCCACCUCAAUAGGUUUUGGAGCACCCUCAACUGGUUUUGGCACCACAGCUCAGGCAGGAACUUUAUUUGGGAAGCCUACAACUGGUUUUGGUGCUCCUACUGCUACUGCAACAACCCCAGGAUUUGGUUUUAAUGCUCCUACACCAGCAAACCCUUUCGGUGCUGCAAACACUGCUGCAAAACCGUUUGGAGUUGCUGCUCCUCAAACAACUAAUCUAUUUGGGGCACCAGCAUCUCAGCCCAGCACAGGGUUUGGUGUCACUCCAACCUCUGGGUUUGGCAGUUUUGGAACACAACCAAACCAGAGCAUCGGCUUGUUUAAUAACCAAAACAAACCCACAUUCAGCCUUGGCUCAAGUAAUUCUGCAUUUUCCUUUGGGCAAAAUACCGCAACAACUGCGGGAAAUACGUUGUUUGGUGCUAAAACAUCAGCUCCAGCCUUUGGAACACAGCCAGGGUUUGGUGCACCUGCAACUGGAACAACAGCAUUUUCAAAUUCCUUUGGAGCACCUUCCACUACACAGUCAACAUCUCUCUUCACUGGAACUGGUUUCAAUAAACCAGCGGGUGGCUUCUCCUUUGGACCUACUCCGGCUACGAGCACAGGUUUAAGCUUGAACCUUGGACAGUCUUCCCUCUUUGGCAACACUGCUCAGAAACCAGGAGGUUUAUUCUCUGGCGGUUCAACCUUUGGCACCCCAGGCUUGGGAACAAACACAGGCUUUGGGGGUGGUACUAAUUUGGGCACUGGCCUUAACUUGGGUGGAAACACCAUGCUUGGAGGAAGUGGGCUUGGUGGCGCUCCAACCAAUCAGUCCUCCCAACUUGCUCAGCAGCAACUACUGGCUAUGGCUUUAGUUCCAUUUGGUGACUCACCAUUGUUCCGCAACUUGCUUCCUUCAACUGGCAGAGCAAACGAAAUUCUACAGCCUACAAACCCAGCUGCUCAAAAAGCAGUUUUGGAUUCUACUGCUCAAUACAAAGUAUCCCCUAAAGGUGGCUCCAAGAUGAAAGUUAAAGUUGGCUACUCUCCUCUCAUCAAGAAGUCAUUGUGUGAGGGCCUAGAAGAAGAUGAUGGAAGUACAAGCCAGACUUUCCAAGUUCGACCAAAUCCCAAGCGACUAAAUAUAACGCCAUCCUUAUCAGCGAAUCGCUCUAGCUUUGAUGCUGCCAAUCAGUCAAUUGUGACUGGAGAAACCGAGAAAGAGAAUUUAUCUCCGUUGUCACCAGUGUCACAGCCUGCAACUGAGUCCGGAGGUGCUGACUUCCUCCGAAAAUUGAAGGAUGUGUCAAAGCCAGCAACAUCGUCUUUCGGAAGACGUUCGCUGAUAGAAGCAGCUUCAAGCCAUGAUGAUUCUAUUGCCAACAAUACAAUGUAUGAGUUGGUAACACAGAAAAAUUCUGGAAACACCAGUAGCGAUGAACCAAGCGCCUCUGUUGUCUGUGUGCCUCCAUCCAGUCCAAACAAGAGCAGUUCAAGCUCAGAUGACAGCAGGGAACUAGAAGAGUCAGUCCCUCAGGUGGUGGAUGCAGACUCGCAUCCAACUGGUAUCAUUUGCCGCCGUGUAGGGUACUACACCAUUCCCUCUCUUGAUGAACUCACCAGCUACAUGAGUGAAGAUGGCAGCUGUAUUGUUGACAAUUUUACUGUUGGAAGAGAUGGCUAUGGUAAUGUGUUCUUCGAGGACAGAUUUGAUGUGGCUGAACUCAACUUGGAUGAGAUUGUCCAUUUCCGUCACAAAGAGGUUGUUAUUUACCCUGAUGAUCAACAUAAACCUGAUGUUGGAAAUGGAUUGAACCGUCGUGCUCAAGUAACAUUAGACCGUGUGUGGCCAAUGGAUAAGACUACUCACAACCCUAUCAUGGAUCCUGACCGCUUGACCCAAAUGAAUUAUGAGGGAAAGCUUAGGAGUGUGUGUGCCAAGAUGAAGGCACGAUUCAAGGAAUACCGUCCUCAAACAGGUUCAUGGGUGUUUACUGUUGAUCAUUUUUCCAAGUAUGGUUUAACCGAUUCAGAUGAAGAAGAUGUUCCUCCCGGAGCUAUUGCUGCUGCCAAAGCUGCUUUGGGAAAGGGGGCUCCUUCCGUGGGGGCUGCACCUAAGCCUUCACCUGUUAAAGCUGCACCGUCUCCCACCGCUCUUGGAUUGAAGAAACCUGGCUCUGCAUACAAUUCAGAAUUAAUUGAUAAAUCUCCCUCUCCUAAGAAGUUUGCAUCAAGCUAUGAGGCAGAAAUGUUGGGAGAAACUUUGACCCAAAUCACAAGUCCCAUGGCACUUCUUGCCAAAGAGAGUGGUACUUCUUCUCACAAAGUACAGUUAAUGAAGUCCUCUUUUUUUAUGGGAGGUGAUGAAGAUAAUGAUGUUGACAUGAGCCCCUACUUAGACUCUACCUCAGUUCAGUUCAGUGGCCUGGGAGGUGCUGGUGAUGGUACUGAGUACAGUGAUGGAUCUGAAGAAGAAAUAGCACGCUCAGCUCCAGUUUUUUCCAGACAUGGCCUUUUACGUACCCAAUUUAAUCCAUCAGAAAUGAGCGCACAGAGCAUCCAAAUUGAUGUGUCAGCAGCAGUGUCAUCGAUGGACACUGGUUCAGCAUUUCAACCCGCCAGGAACGUAGGUUUGAGUCACCCUGUAGAAAGAAGUCAGCCUUAUGUGAUAGUUGACAAACCCAAGACUGUAGUCCUACAGCACAAAGGCAAAAUAAAUCCUCGCAUCAUCUUGGGAGACUGCUUAGCCGAUAUGACCCUUUUUCGAGGUGCAAGCUUCAAAAUCGGUUGGGGUUUGGACUCCAUGUUCUUCACUCCAGAAAAUGAUUUUAAAAUUUUGUCUGCUGAAUCUAAGGGGCACAGUCUUAGUAUAAACAUGCUCCAAAGUGAGGAAGCAUCUGAAUUUAAGGAUUCCAUCGAAGGCCACCUCAGAAUCCAACUGAUGUUCAGUGUUGGUGGUGUGCAAAAUGGUUGCCCUAUUCGAGCUCCUGGCAGGGGGACAGAUGCACUUUGCCAACAUGAGGAUGAAGCACUGAAGAUUGCUAAAUGUGAUGAUAAACCACUCUUGGAUUAUACUUACGAAGUUUGGCAGUUGUGUGCAGCUCUCUGGGGUGAUCUACCUGAACUAGACAGUGAGGAUGGAAGAAAAGAUGUUAACUCACACUACACUGCAAUGAUUCGUAGAAAGGCUGUAUCACAAUGGCUGGAGACAGUCAGCAAACCUCUGGUAAAAUCAGAAACAGCUAGUGUGUUUGGAAGUGAAGGCUCCCAGUAUGCCCACAAGGAGGAAUACCUUGAUGGCAUUUUGUCACUCUUGUCAGGUAGACAAAUAAUGGAAGCUUGUCAGAAAGCACAGGAUUAUGGUGAUCACCACACUGCUCUUCUCCUAUCUCAACUGUCUGGAAGUGCUGCAGUUCGCAAACUAAUGUGUGAACAAUUAGAUUCCUGGGAGAAAUCUAAAGCAGAUGCAUUCAUCAACCCUCAACGACUUCGUCUGUUUCUUUUGGUAGCUGGUCUUCCUAACUAUGAAUCAAGUGAUGAAGCUUUUAUCAAUACUUGCCAUUUGCUUGAUUGGAAGCGGGCUUUCGCCACUCAUCUCUGGUACAUUUGUAGCCCAAUUGCAUCUCUUGCUGAUGCCUUGCAUCUGUAUCAAGAUGCAUUCUGUGCGUCAGAUGAAGAGAGUGGCAAUGCUUAUGCCAAAAGACCAGAUCCUCCAUACUUAGACUCGCUGUCUGAUGACUGCAUUGAAACAGCACAUGGACGCAGACUCAAUGAUCUCUGUUAUCAUCUUCUGCAACUCUACUGUGAAAGAUCACAUCCUUUGGAACAACUAUUGAAUCCAGCCACCCAUACGGAUGAUCCUAGAGAUUAUCGUCUCAGCUGGUGCUUGAUGCAAGUUCUGAACAGUCUAGACUAUUCUCACCUUUCACCACUUUCAGAAGCCAUUAUUCAUUCAGGAUUUGCUUCUCAAUUGGAAAACAAUGGUCUCUGGUACUGGGCCAUAUUUGUUCUUCUUCAUUUGAAAGAUGAUUUUGCCAGGAAGUCGGCUGUUCUAGAUAUGUUGGGGCGCCAUGUAGAACUUUUAGAUAUGAGAAAAUUAUCAAAGGCUGAAGUAUUUUUACAUGAGGAAUUGAAUAUUCCAAUUGAGUGGAUUUACCAAGCAAAAGCUGUGAAGGCUGCUUGUUUACAACGUUAUGCUGAUCAAGUUUGGUAUUUGCUGAAAGCAUCUGAGUGGAAUGAAGCACACCAGGUUAUUAUGAAACACAUUGCUGCAGAUGCCAUAAUAAAUGAGAGGUAUGUGUAUCUGGAGAGUCUUCUGAAGGAGUUGGAACCUGUAGAGAGAAGCAGUACCAUUUCUGGUUGGUCUAAUCAAGGAGCGUUGUUGUGGGACUAUCUUGCUGUCCACAAAACUGUGAAUGAGCUGAUGGACUUAGUUGCAUCCAACCCAGAUGGAUUUAGAGAUCAUGAUGCUAGUUACAAACUUGAGAAAAUACAACCCCAGCUUAGCAGAUUAUGUGCAAGAAUCAGUAACUUGCCUUGCCACAAUGCUAAAGACAGGCUUUGUCAAUGUGAAAUUGCAAAACGAGCCUGUACCCUUGUUCGAAAUGUGACCCAGUUGCAGCGAGGAGAGUCAGCUGUAUGGUCCACUACUUUAUCGCAGCUCAUUGCACAGUUGCCUCUUCCAGAAGACUACGCUCAGCAGGAGCUUCAACAGUUGUUAAGAGCCUACUCAACAUGAAUAGUUUGUUAAAAUUGGGAGUAAAAUUCAAGUGUUAUGCUAGAAUGUCAGUGGAAAUGAGGGAUUGUGCAGUUAGUUUAUUUUUUAAAAAUUUAUUGUGAUAAAUUAUGUAUGAGUUGUGGCUUGAUCUUAGUUUACCAAAUGCACUUGAAAAUUAAAAUGUAUCCUGACUUGUUUGAAACAAUUUUGCAUGAGGGCUAAGCUUAAGAUUUCUAUUGAAUCAGAUAAAUGUAACACUGGAAUCAAAUUGUACCACUCAUUUCUUUAAAAUAAUAGCUUUUGAGCUGUGACAAUUCCCAUAGAGAUGACAGGAUGAUGCCUAGUUAGGCUGUGUCUAUUGGCUAGAAAUGAAUUUUACACUAGCUCAUUUUACCAUUACAAAUAAAAUAUGUUUAUGUUCUUACUGUAUUUACAUAUGACUCGCUCGUUUGUCUCCUCUGAGGUUUGGAGAUUCCUAAUUCAAUUUUUUAUUUGAGUGGGUUAUUAUGCAUGCAAAUGCAUUGUUUUGAACCUUAUACUUUCUGGUAAAUGUAUUAUAGAUCAAAGUUUAGAGACCACUGGAUCGUUUGAGCACUAAAUAAGGUAUUUAUAUUGUCAUGACUGUACAAAUAAUUUAAAAUGUUUUGGAAUAUUUUUUUUCUUGUCUUAUAGGUUUUUCCCCUUUUGUUUUAUAAAAGUGUCAGUGGAGGAUGUAAACAUUAUUUUAUAUAAUAAUCUUACUUUACAUGUUAAUGUUUGUUAAUAAAUGCGAGACUGAACUACA